UUUUUUUAUUAUCUCGGGGUCUUCAGCUUUAACGCAUAUUCAGCAGUGGGGCUGGGGCUACCCACCGGUAUCCCUUUUUAUCUCUAAUUCGCGCUGUUCAUUAAUUAAAUCGAAUCGCUUUUUGCGUGAUUUUCGUCGUUCGUUUCGACGAAUUUUCUCCAGCUAAAAGGUUCGUCGCCGUUCAGCGUUGUACAAUUUUUGUGCUUUUUUAUCGACGACGACGAGUAGGAGGUGGUUUUUUUUUAUUCGCUUUUUACCCAACGUACUACUACGAUCUUUUUAACCGGAUAUUUUUAAUUCAUCGAUGAAUCAAAUCGACUGUUUAAGACCACCGAUGAAAGAAAUAGAAGAAGAAUACGGUAAAAAGCAAUCGACGAAAUGUUCGAUAAAUUCGAAAACUCUCACAUUUUCCAUCGCUCGAAUAAUGGAACCGGAUAAAAAACCGAAAAACUGUUUCUACUACAAAUGUCCUUACAUGCUACCGAACGAUACGAAUAACGAGAAAUUCAAUCCUUCCGUAGUCCAACCAAACGACCAAUGGCAAUACCCGCUCGUAUUCUACUAUCCUAGCAAUUUCAACAUGUUCGAUUUCGAGAACCUCAAGUCUUCAUCUUAUAAUUACGAAGACACGAACACCUAUUGCAACGAACGCAAAGAGAACCUAGAUCAAUUUUCCAUUUCUUUGUUGAAAAGAUCAUCGCAGCAACAGAAUGAAAAACCAACGAGCGUUUCUAGCGGCGGUGGUGGUGAUAAUAAAAGUGUUAAUAAUAAGAAAAAUAGUACCGAGCAGUUUUUAAAACCUAAAACGUACACGUGCCAAGAUUGCGGCAAAACGUUUAACGCCCAUUAUAAUCUUACUAGACAUAUGCCAGUUCACACAGGGGCAAGACCAUUUGUUUGUAAAGUAUGCGGUAAAGGGUUCCGACAAGCAUCCACGCUUUGUCGACAUAAAAUUAUACACACCGAAGAGAAACCUCAUACCUGUACAACGUGUGGAAAAGCUUUCAAUAGGAGUUCUACCCUUAAUACCCAUACCAGAAUUCACGCCGGUGUUAAACCAUUCACUUGCGAGUAUUGUGGAAAAGGAUUCCAUCAAAAAGGUAACUAUAAAAACCACAAACUGACCCACACAGGAGUAAAAGCUUACAAGUGCUCGGUAUGUAAUAAAGCUUUCCACCAAAUAUACAACUUGACAUUCCAUAUGCAUACGCAUAACGAACAAAAACCAUUCACUUGUGACAUCUGCGGCAAAGGAUUCUGUCGAAAUUUCGAUUUAAAAAAACACAUGAGAAAAUUACACGAUCAAAAUACUUCUAAAAAUAGCAGACAAUAUUAUCAAAAUUCCAAUGAUUCUUCUCCAGUGAUACCGGCUUUCAGAUCGAGUUAUGCUCAUGCGAUAAUUGUGCCAUCAUUUUCAACUUGAAAUAUAAGUACAAGAAGUGUACCUACAGUAACAAACGUUUGAAAAAUAAACUCGAAUUUCAAAGACAAAAGUGCAAUAAAUAAGUACAACGUUAUUACCUAACCUAUUGUUAUCAGCUUUUUGUAAGAUCCCUAUUGAAAAAUAAUUUGUACUUUCAAAUAUUUGUAAUUUCCUCAUAAAAUGUACAUGAAGAUGACCUCUUUUAAUGUAUCGUAUAAGUAUUUGUGAAAGUUGAAUUGCUAUUAUAAGUUGAACCAAAAAAGAACUUUUAGGUAAUAUUUUUUGUGACUUAUGCUUUCUUAUUAUUUGUUUUACAUUGUUUGAAAAUCUACCGUGUUUAAUUUUAGUCUAUAGA